CGAAGUUCAAACAAAAAAGAUAGCGCUCUUAUCAAUUAAUAACAUUUUUUAUUUUUAGGUAAUCGGACGACACAAAUAUAAUUCAAGAAAUAAGAUCGAAUGAUUUAUUAAUAAUCAACAAUUAAACUUUGACCGGCAAAUAAGGGGAAAAGAAAAAUUCCUAACAGAAAUAAAACUCAUCGUAUACGAUGUAAGGCACAACCUUGAAGUUUUCUUUUCGUAAAACUCAUCGUCGCCUCGUUAUUGCAAAUUUGGAAUCGAUGAAGAAACAUCUUGCAGCACGAUUUAUCUAACAACGUCUCUGCUCCAUUAGAUAAGUAUUACGUAGCUAUAGAUAAUUAUGUGUGUGUGUGUGUGUGUGCGUGUGUGUAAGAGAGAGAAAGAGAAGAAAGAAAAAGAUAAUAAAGCGGUAAAGAAAGAGAGAGAAGAAAAAAGAAAAUAGGGGUUGUUCUAUCUCUUUCUCUCUCUUUUUCUUUCUCUCUCUCUCUCCCUCUCUCUCUCUCUCUCUCUCCCUCAUCCUUAUUCCAAUUUCGAUAGAAAUUUUCUAUUGCGCAUGCGUUCGACCUCGAUGCUUUUCGCGCCGCAGGAACUCGACACGCGAAAUUCAACGAAGACGAGGAACAGUCAGCGUCGAGCAGCGUUUCCGCUCCGCUUGUGCGUUCCUCCGCGAGAGGACGAGAUGAGUCCUCUCAUCCUCGUAUCAAUUCUUUCCAAAUCUUCGACACCUCUCGAAAAAUCGUGAAACGUUUGUACGAUACGAUAAAAAGGAAAUAGAAAAAAACAAGAGAAGAAAAAACAAGGAAAAAAGAAAAAGAAACAAGAGAGCAAAAAAAGAAGAAGAAGAAACAGAAACGAAUAAUAAGAAUACAUAAAAACGACGAUAGGGGUGUGCGCCCGCGCGCGCAUACGCAAGAAACUCAGAUUCAUGCUGGUUUAUUUCGGAUCUUUUAUUUUCUCAUUCUUAUCAUUUUCACGCCCGAUUCGAUUUCAACGAGGGUGCGUAAAGUCGCACACGCGUUCGAAGCAUGGCCAUCAUGCAAUCCUGUUGCUGCUGGCAAUCAGUUCGCAGAGGGAGUUACGCUUGUGCCAUUUAUACCGGAAUUUACUUUAUUAUCUUAAUCAUCACAACUGGAACAAUCUUGCAAGCAGAAAGUGAAUAUUUAUCUGGAAAUCGCUCAUUACCAGAAUCGUCGAGUUUCUUAGAAUCUGAUACAAUAUCACCUACUACUGUACGAUUCAACAUAACUCUGUUGAUAUGUUCGUGUUCUGGUGUAAUCUGUUGUACUCUUCUUGUAUAUGGUUUACUCAAGGACAAGCGAAUCUUCCUCUUGCCAUGGAUCGUUAAUGUGAUCACUUGCAGUAUGGUCGACAUUGCGCACGCUUUGUAUCUCAUCAUCGUGACAACCAACUUUAAUCCAAUAACGGCAAUGCUCUACACGCUCAACUUUUUUCUUCUAUGUUUAAACGUGUAUUCUGUCCUCUGCGUCAUCUCACAAUAUCAAGAAUAUUUGGCCGGUCGUGGUACGGCAGCGGAUGACACCGACUACAGGGUCAGUAUUCUGAGAGUCUCACGACGGAAAGGGCAACGGGAUAAGGGAAGAAAAGUUCCAGCGGUGAGAUACGUGGUACAACCGACGACAACUGCGACAUCCUGUUUGAGCUCACGAAGAGCACCGACCAAUAACGAGACGAAAGAAACACCAACGCCGACCCAAAGUCCAACCGCGGCACGAAAUGUUCUUUCAUGUCCUGAAAAGAGUCCUACGGUGGGACGAACACAUAAGAAGCACGUUCAAUUUCCGGACACGCCAACACCAACAUCAAGUUCGACGCCAACGGCAAUACCGAUGUCCCUGGAAAAAUCGGAAAUUCCUCUGACGGACUCCAAUACAAAAUAUACCAUGGAUAUAGGAAUUUCUUUUGAAACACAUUAAUAAUUAAUCAUUGAUUAAUUGUUUCAAACACAAGCUGGUAGUUAAAAUCCUCGCUGGGUGAAAUUCUCUAUUCAUCUUUCGCGAUCGAUCGUUUUUACUAGGACAAUCUAUUCUACAAAGGACUUCGUUAAAUUAUCACGUCGCGAAUCGUUAAUACUCAAAAUAUUACGCUACUACAAAAUAAUUGAACUUGCAAUGAACCAACGGUACCUGUUGUUUGUACAUGUAUAUAUUUUUUAGAGAUAUAAAAAGAAAUGUAACAUUUUUCAAUAAAUCAUCUAUAUAUGAAA